AUGAACUUCCUAAAAAAGUUGGUGCCCCAGGUGGCGGCCGAGGUGCAGCAGCUCAGCCGGUCGAGCAUCCACACCAGCUCCGUGUGCUGUCGCGUGCAAUCCGGGCGAUACCGCAUAACCACAAAGCGGAACAGGCCGCUCACCUACGAGAUGGCCAAUCCUCCGCAUUUCAUUGGCCACCGCAAGUCGUGGAACUCGUGGAAUACAUCCACGGUGAAGGAUGCCCUGCGUCCGUCGCAAACCGCCAUCGAGGAUGUGUUCAUCCGCAAGUUCGUCACCGGCACCUGGCACGCCCUCGUCUGCUCCGAGAUCAUCAUCAAGCGGCAGCACAACACCAUUAGGAUUGCGGCCCUCAUCCGACAGGCGAUCACCCCGCGCAAAAUGUACUUCCUUAUUGGCUACACGGAGGAGCUGCUCUCCUACUGGAUGCAGUGCCCCGUGACGCUGGAGCUGCAGACGGUGGGCGACAGGAAGGACGUGGUCUUCAAAUACAUUUAGUUGAUUUCGCUAUUUACAUGUCCAAUAUAUAAAAAUGAUGUAGAUUUA